AUGAAAGUCGAGCUUUGCAGUUCCCUCAAAUUCCACCCUUCUCUGCACCGCCAACGCGUCUACACCUCCCAGUCUCCCACCGCCUGCCUCCCUCGGGUGCGGAAGCCAAGCAAUCCUUCACCCUUCUCACCUUCCUCCCGACUGAUAUCGAUCGUUGGGAAGGCCACUUACACCCCACGGAUACACGGCUUCUUCUCGGUGUUUGGAGCCUUGGGGGAGAUUCAAUCGUCCACGAGCGGGUAUCGUGGACCAGGUUCGGAACAACCUUCUUCGACAGGGAGAGACAAAGAAAGUGAGAGGCGAUGUGCAGGGGCGGAAUGA